GUUAGGCACAUAGAGAUAAGAAAAAGCGUAGAGUGACACAUAGUCUGACCUAGUUUCAGUAGCCCUCCCCCCACCGGAGGGGGGAGUUAGAACUGCCCACAGGGGCAAAAAUGGAGAAACUGGGCAUAAUCAUGAUUGGACCGCAAGUGUUCUCUCCAGGAGGAAAGGCCAUGAAUCAGAGAUAGUGCCUCCUUCCUGCUGUGUGUUUCAUGUGAACAAAGAAGCUCACUGAAGCCUACAGGAAACCAUUAACGCAUACGAAAACGGAUGUGUGAUACCUGCGCUGUUGUGCCCCAUGCACCAAAUUCUUUUAAACAAAUGAAAUGCUUCAUCUUCCCCACUGCCCCAACAGGAGAGGGAAAGAAGAACAGAGCAGAUUCAGGAGCAAAGAACGCAAAUCGCUCUUUGAGAAGCGGCGUCCCUCACUGUGAUGCGGGUUCAGUGCAAGCCUGACCACAAGGUGAUGCCUUUUUUAUGAAGACUGGCUGCGUGAAAGGGGGCUGGAGAAUUCUGACCUGUGGAACAGAGAAUAGGGAAGUUGGAGAACAGAGUGUCCCUCGAGAAUACAGAAGUUGGUCAUGCCUGGCCUAGAUGGUAGUAACUGAGGAGUCUCUGUGGCACUGGAGUCCCUAAGCUCCUGAGGGCCAUCCUGUCUUGAUGAGAUGACUUCAGGCCGGCGAUGGCUGGAGGGGAUCAACCACCGCCUCAGUGCACCAUCAGCACUUGAUUCCCCAGGCCCUGUGAUGCUGCAGGCCCUCUGCAACUACCAGUAUAAUGCUGAGGAUGGGAGGCGGGUGACUAUUUUAGAGGGAGAAAUCUUCCAGCUGAUAAGGAAGGCCAAUGAGGAUUGGUGGCAGGUGUGGCGGCUUGGUCAACCCAAAGAGAAGAGACCAAUUUUUGUGCCUGCCACUUACAUGGCUGAAGUGCCCCCUGGCAUAAGGGCAACCUCACAGCAAAACGCCACAUUACAUCCUGGCAUCUGUACAGAGCAGGGUGGUGCUACUGCACACCUGGAAGUGCUGUCCUCUUCUCUGGAAGACAUGUAUAGGCAAUCACGCUCACUGCAUUCCCACAUGAGCCUCAUGGCCUGCCAAAGCCUCACUCUGCCACAGAAAGGAUUCCGCACCCCGUCUUUGGGUAGGAGCUCCAGCAUGAGUGGCUUGUCCCAAAAUGUCCAUCCAGAUGUAAAGGAAGCAAAACAGCCUCCGGAGCAAAGUUCUUCUGAGGAGAAGUUGAUGUGGGAUGAUACUCACCUGACUCUCCCCAGCCCUACUAUGGCUAAGCCCCCAAUUUAUUGCAAUUUGGAAGAGAUGAAGCAGCUACCAUCAUUGCCUCCCACCCCUCGCAGCCCCCCACUACUGGUGCUUAAAGCUUGGGAACAGCACAUUGAUUCCAACUCCCAGCGUAGUUAUUUCUACAAGCCAGAAACAGGUGAAAAAUCAUGGAAGCCACCACGAAGGAACCAGGAGAUGAGCUUAGUGCAAUCAGAAGGACACAACCCCUCUGUCCUAGUAGACCCUGCUCUGGGUGAAGCACUGGACAAAGUGGAAGACGGAGUUGGGGGUGAGCAACCUGAUAGUCUGGGUCUCAGGGCCAGGGACAGGAAGCUGGCCUACACCAGAUCGAUGGUGCUGCCCGAGACCCGGGCACCCAAGGGAACUCAUCGCCGGAACCUUUCCCAGCACAGCAGUGAGGCCUGGGUAGUGGAUUGUCCCCCACCAGCAGAUGCCAAUGGCUCCCCCUCACAUCUCCCUGACCUGCUGCAAACCGUGGAGAAAGUCGGACAGCUGAACAAAACCAAGAUUGCAGAAGGAGGCCGGAAACUCAGAAAGUGCUGGGCAUCCUCAUGGCUGGUGUUAGCUGGGAACAGCCUCAUGUUCUACAAGGACCCCAAGGUGACAGCUGGAUGGACUCCGGCCAGUAGCCGACCUGAAAGCAGUGUGGAUUUGCGUUGUGCCCGCAUUGACUGGGCUAGGGACCUGUCCAGCAAACGGAAUGUCAUCCAUUUCCGUACUGUGACUGGCAAUGAGUAUCUCUUGCAAUCAGACAGUGAGGCUGUUAGCCAAGACUGGUACCAGGCUAUUAAAGGAGUCAUCCGAAGACUGGAUGAAGAGAAUCCUUUGGACGAGCCACUUCUGUACCCACUCUCCCGAUCAAAUAGUGCUGAUCUUGUGGACCUCAGUGCUGAUGAGGAGGAGGAUCUGGGACCUCAGAAGAGUGAGUUGCUGGCAGCAUCCUCCAGUCCUGACAGAGCCUACAAAAAGCGGGUCAAGAGCAAGCUGAGACGGUUCAUUGUCAAGCGGCCACCGCUGCAGAGUUUACAGGAAAAAGGACUGAUCCGAGAUCAGGUCUUUGGCUGCCGGCUGGAAGCCCUGUGCCAACGGGAAGGGAGCACAAUACCACGCUUUGUCCAGCAGUGUGUGGAAGCUGUGGAACAGAGAGGUUUGGAUGUGGAUGGGAUCUACAGGGUCAGUGGAAACUUGGCCAUUAUUCAGAAGCUAAGAUUCGUAGUUGAUCGUGAGCGGGCAGUGACAUCAGAUGGGCGCUACGUCUUCCCAGAGCAGCGUUGCCAAGAGGAGAAGGUGCGCCUCUCUGACCCUCAGUGGGAUGAUGUGCAUGUGCUAACAGGUGCCCUCAAGCUUUUCUUCCGGGAGCUACCUGAACCGCUGGUGCCAUACAGCCAUUUUGAUGAAUUCAUCGCUUCUGCCAAGUUGUCUGAUCCCAAGGAAAAAGUAUCAAAGCUGGCUGGUCUGAUCGAGAGCCUCCCCCAACCGAACCGAGACACACUGUGCUACUUACUGGAGCAUCUCCGCAAAGUGAUGGAGCACUCAGAUGCCAACCGGAUGACCACCCAGAACAUCGGCAUUGUCUUUGGACCAACACUGCUGCGACCAGAGCGAGAUGUGGCUAGCCUGGUGGAGGGCAUGGUGUACCAGAACCAGGUGGUGGAACUGCUCCUCAUUGAAUUUCCUUCCAUCUUUGGGGCCUCAAGUGCUGAAUGACCUUGUUGGUACCCAUCUCAAAAGCAGAUGGUUUUAUCCACAAGAAUCACAGAUAAUCUAGUCCUGGAGAAAGCAUUGACUCUGUGUAGUGCUGUAUGCCAUUGACAGGACUGUUGCUACUGGACUUGCUCAGCUUGUUGGGCUGUGGAUCUGGUAGCAGCUUGGCCCCUGAAGGAUCAUCCUCCAAGGUCUUUAAGCUGAAUCCACUUUAGAAGCUGGUGCACCCUUAGCGAAGAGGGCUUUCCAAAUGUUGUCACACUCUUUACAUUAAACAAACCCUAUUUGAGCCUC